ACUUUUAAAUAAGUAACACCUAAAUAUGAAAACUCCUUCGGAUCCCCACACAUUCUUCAUUGCAAACUUGAACAAGUCCAAACAGACGACUUCAAAUAUAGAUGCUAUUGACUUAUUAUUCAACGGUCAUUUUCCUAUUGAUGAAUUUGUGUUACUAAUCCACAAAAAUAAAUUAGACUAAGAAAUCACACCCAUACCACCCACGCCAAAAGAAAAAAAAUGUCCUCUAGUCAUCUUCUUUCCUUCCUCUUCAUUUCUCUUCUAAUUUCCGCCAUCUUUUCGGACCUUUAUGCGGAUAGAGCCGCUCUACUCUACCUGAGUGCAGCCGUCAGAGGCCGCACUCUUCUGUGGAACACCACCAAUUCAAAUCCAUGUUCAUGGCGAGGCGUCACAUGUGACACUACAAUCAACCGUGUAACUGAACUCCGCCUGCCCGGAUAUGGUCUAUCGGGUGAGAUGCCCUUAAAUUCCAUCGGAAACUUAAGCGAACUCCGCACUCUCAGCCUCCGGCGUAAUUCUUUAUCAGGGUUUCUUCCUUCAGAUUUAGGAUCAUGCACUGAGUUACGCAUUCUUAUUUUGGAAAGUAACAACUUUUCUGGUGCAAUUCCAUCGAAUUUUUUCAAUCUGAACAAUCUUUUACGAGUGAGUUUUUCUGGAAACAGGUUUUCCGGUGAAAUAUCUGACGGGUUUAACAAUCUGACUAUGCUGAAAAUUUUGUACUUGGAAAAUAACAACUUCUCUGGCUCACUUCCUGACCUGAAAAAACUCUCACAGCUCAAUCAAUUCAAUGUCUCUUUCAACAGAUUAUCAGGUUCAAUCCCUUCUAGUUUAGGUAAAUUCUUAGCUCCUUCUUUUCUUGGAAAUUCACUUUGUGGCCCUGCAGGCUCUCUUGGCCCUUGUCCUACAAAUAACCCCACCAAUCAAUCUGAUAAACUUUCCAGUGGAGCAAUAGCCGGAAUAGUAAUCGGCUCUGCAAUCGGAUUGUUUUUAGUACUUCUGGUUUUGUUUAUGUUACUGAGAAUUUGUAGGAGUAAAAAAAGUUUCCGACAAGUGAACGUGUCGCCCGUGAGACUACCGGAGAAUCAACUUUUGAGUUCUCAUUCAACAAUAGUGGCAGAAAAUCAUGAUAUUGAAAAUGUUGUUUCGGGCAGGAAAGAUACAAAGGGGAUAGUAAGGGGAAAAGUGUGUGAUGAUAGGACUGAUGGGAUGGUGUUUUUUGGGGAAAGUUUUGAGUUGUUCAGUUUGGAGGAUUUAUUGAUGGCUUCGGCUGAGGUUUUGGGAAAAGGUUUCUUUGGAACUACCUAUAAAGCAUAUUUGGAUAGAAAUGUUGAAGUGGUUGUGAAGAGGUUGAAAAAUGUUUGUGUUUCAGAGAAGGAAUUUAGGAGAAAAGUGGAGGAAUUGGGAGCAAUUGGCCAUGGGAAUUUGGUGCCUCUCAGAGCAUACUAUUAUGGAAGAGAUGAAAAACUAAUUGUUUAUGACUCUAUGCCUACAAGCUUGUCUGCUGUUUUGCAUGGCGAAAAAGUUUCAAAAGAAGCAUUGACAUGGGAGAUUAGGAGCAGAAUUGCACAAGGGGUUGCCACUGGUCUUGAAUAUCUCCAUUCAUUAGGCCCUAAAGUCACUCAUGGCAACAUCAAGUCAUCUAACAUUCUCCUCACCGAGUACUACGACGCAUAUGUAUCAGAAUUUGGCAUAGCACAGUUGAUUUCCUCCAUAUCAAACGCCAAAAUGACUGGAUAUUGUGCCCCUGAGGUGACAGACACUCGAAAUGUUUCCCAAGAAGCCGAUAUCUAUAGCUUUGGCACCAUUCUGUUAGAGCUCCUAACGGGUAAAAAUCCUAACAGUGUCAUCAACGAAGAGGGAAUUGACCUGCCUAAAUGGGUGAAAUCUAUAGUUAAAGAGAGGUGGACAAUACAAGUGUUUGAUCCUGAGUUAAUUAGAUUGGAGAAUUCUGAAGAGCAAAUGGUUUCAUUACUACAUCUUGCUAUUUCUUGUACAUCCCAGCACCCGGAAAGGCGGCCGCCUAUGGCUGACAUUACCAGGCGCAUCAAAGAAAUUUUUAGGUGAGUUUCGUUCAUAUUGAUCUUUUCCCUCAUUCUUGUCCAAAUGUAGGUGAAAAUCAUGCUUUUAUUCAUAUCUUGGGUUCAACAAAUACUUUCUUUUGGCAUAAUGCUAAGUUGUUUUUCCCUGUACAUAUGAGGAACCGCUUUUAGGUCCCUUUCCAUCUUGUUAUUAUUUUGAUGGAAAACAGAAGUCGUAGAUGAUGUAUUUGUUUCUUGGCCUUUGGUCGUAGGAGCAAAAUUUUAUCGAUUUCUUUUGCCUAUUUCCUUUAAUAAAAAUAUUAUAUUCAGUCAUAUCAUGCAACAAAAUCUGUCACAAAAAGAGAAAAACAAAAUUGUUUAUGUAUCUUUUUCAUUUGUAACUUUCUCAAGAGCUCCUUUUGGAAUUA